CACAGGCAUAUAUAAAAAACUGAUAAUAAAAUUGGACCUAAGUUACUGUUAGUAUGGAUUUGUUGAAUAACAUAAAGACACGGUUUUGGAGUGAAGAUUUCUGGUUGCCAAAGGGAAUAACAUGGGAUCUUCUCAAAAACACUGAAACAAGGCAGUAUGGACAAUGCAGAGAUUUGGUUGUUAUUUUUCCUAUUACCUUAUUAAUAUUUUGUAUUCGCAUGAUAUUAGAAAAAUCCAUAGCGCAACCCAUAGGUAGACGUCUCAAUCUGCCGGACAAAGCCCACAAGGCACCUCAGGAUAAUAUUAUCCUCGAAAAAGUUUUUAAAACUAUAACAAAGUCUCCUAACAAAAAGCAGUUGGAUGGUUUAUGCAAACAACUCGACUGGAAUGAACGCCAAGUCUCACUGUGGUUUCGCAUGAGGGGUCUCUCAGGUCGGCCAAGUACUCUUCAGAAGUUUUCAGAAGAAUUUUGGCGAUUUACUUUUUAUUUAGUCAGUUUUCUUUACGGACUUUAUGUUCUUCAUGAUGAAGAAUGUGUAUUCAAUAGAGACAAGUGUUGGUCGGACUUUCCUGGAAACCAUGCCAUGACUACCAAAAUGUAUUGGUAUUAUAUAAUUCAGAUAGGUUUUUACACUUCUACCACUUUGACACAGUUUUUUGAUGUAAAGCGAAAGGACUUUUGGGAGAUGUUUAUCCACCACAUUGCCACUAUCUUGUUGUUGCUUGGUUCUUAUAUCAUGAAUUUCACAAAAAUGGGAUCUUUCAUUGUGCUCGUGCAUGACAGUGCAGAUUUUUACCUGGAGUUUGCUAAAAUGGCUAAGUAUGCAAAAUACAAGCAGACAACCAAUGUAUCGUUUGGUUGUUUCGCAUUGGCUUUCUUAGUUUCACGGUUGAUAAUUCUGCCGUUCUGGAUUAUCCCUGCAAUAUGGGAUGGUGGCAUGGGUUCAUUUUUGCCAUAUUCAGUGAUACAUUAUCUUUUCCCAUUUUUGCUAACUCUUCAAGUACUUCAUUUUUAUUGGGGAUGGCAUGUUUCAUACGCUGUUUAUUCAUCUAUCGUCGUUGGGGAGAUAAAAAGGGACACUCGGAGUGAUACAGAGGAAGAAUCUGAUAAUGAAAAUGAAAAGAAACAUGGAACAAAUGGAAACAAACGUACAAAUCACAUAGCUGGUGGUGAGUCCAACGGAAUUCACAAAAGAGUUACUUCAACAAAAUAGACUUUCUGACAGAAAUAACAGCCUAUAUGUAUAAGCAACUUUCUUAUAUGUUGUAAUAGGCAUAUAUUUUACUAAAUGGAACCAAUUUUGUUUAAUGCAUCGUGCACACUUUAAACUUGGUUUUCAUUCAUGGUUUGUGCUUGAUAAAUAAUAUAAUUGGGUACUCCCGUAGUGUGUGUACCAGGUUAGAGUUAGGCUGUGAUUUUAUUCCGAUUUUCCUCAUUUUAGUUCUAUUACGAGUUCGGGGACUGUCUCUGUUAGCCAAAUGAAUAUACCCCCUGCCCAUAGGCUUUCGUCCCUUUAGGUAAUAUAGGGGAACAAAAUUAGUUACCUCCAUAUUGGUACACACUACACACACUUCUGGAGCGCCUAUAAUUGAUUGUAAUGAAUUGAUGAUUGGGUUGGUAUGUUUGGUUUAUGGCUGGUAAUCAUAAAAUAAUAGGUACCUAUUAGUUCAUUUUACCUUUCCUCAAACAUGAUUUGUAUAUUUUGAUGUCACUUUGUAUUUAUCAAUUUCAUCAAAAGGCUAACAACAUAAUGCAACAUCACUUUCACUUGACUAAUUUGACACAUAAUUGAUAUUUUCCAGUGAAGUAACUAAAAUUUUGUUUUCAUAAAAUCUAGCAAGCAUCCUGAAAAUCUU